GAAGACUUCCUCUUAAAAUGACCGUGACCUCGGCUGUUCAUGUUGGAGUAUUUCUCCUCUUCUGUCUCGAGAUCUGCCGCCCUGCACUUGGAGGAUGUACACAUCAGCUGACCGGAAACGGAGGCAAUAUAACUAGUGGAACGGAUGUGACGUCAGACCACUGCGAGUGGGACAUUACUACUGCUCGAAACAGGAUCAUCUUGAUCAAUUUUGACCGCGGACUUUUCGAGCGCGGUUCUGACGGCUGCCAAACCGAGGUUCUGACAUUUUACGACGGAGGAUCAGCGAACAGCAGGGUCAUCGAUACGUUCUGUCGUAUUCCUAGAGAUCCAGGACCUUUCUCGGCCGCGCCCUACCACCUGUCCGCGGCCAGUACGGGGCACCAGCUACACGUGAUUCUGACACGCAGCCCGAGCACGCCUCAGUGGGUGAAGCAGGACGAAUUCUACCUGACGUUCACUACCAGAGAAAUUGCGUUCGGCUGA